AUGACAAUCACAAACGGAGUUGGGCCGGCCGGAGUCGCGGAGCCCCGAUCCAGCGGCAUUGAUGUAAUUAUUGUAGGGCUGGGGAUUGCGGGGCUGGUGGCCGCCAUAGAGUGCCAUUACAAGGGGCAUAGGGUGAUCGGGCUGGAGAAGAGUCCCGAAAUUCGUGUUUUAGGGGAUAGCAUCGCACUGGGCAGUAACGCCACUAAAGUAUUGCGGGCGUGGGAACAUGGCAGAGUGUACCUUCAGCUCGUCGCGCAAUCGGAUGAUGUGGCCGCCAUGGAGGUCCUCGAUCCCGCGGGAAAGCUUUAUGCCAUGGAUGUGAUGGAUGGCUAUGGCAUUGGAGAGGGCAUGAUUAUUCAUCGGGGCACACUCAUCACCAUUCUGUAUCGCCAUGCAGCCUCCUUAGGGAUUGACUUACGGUUCGGAUCAGAGGUCACCGAAUAUUGGGAGUCGAAGAAUGACAAUCAGGCGGGUGUGACAGUGAAUGGAUACCAGAAAAUCUCUGCUGACUGUGUCAUCGGCGCGGAUGGUGUGCACAGUAAAACUCGAGAUUUUGUGCUCGGAUAUCGUAUUCCCACGCAGAACACCGGGUUGGCCGCGUAUCGGUCAUGCUUUCGUGCGAAACUUGUCGAGGGGGAUCCGGGAGCCGCAUGGAUCUUGAAGGAAGUAGGCGAGCGAGAUCGUAUGCGGAGAUACAUUACCGAUGGAGGCCUGGGGCUGACCCUGGCCACGGGGAAACGGGGACAGAAUGUGAUCUGGCAGGUUUGGCACCGAAACGAUGCGCAAUCGGCCGAAAGCUGGGAGAACACCUCCAAGACUCGUGUGGAGGAUGCCCUGGCACUCUUGAUAGACUGGCCGAUCUACCCAAAGAUCGCCGACGUCCUCAGGCAUACACCUAGCGAUACGCUGGCGGACUACAAAAUCAUCGCCCGUGAUCCUCUGCCGCGUUGGAUCUCAAGUGGGGGACGCAUCAUGAUCCUCGGCGAUGCCGCCCACGCCAUGUCCCCCAUUGCGGGCCAAGGGGGUGGGCAGUCCAUUGAAGAUGCGGCGACGCUGGCCAUUUGUCUUGAGCUGGCGGGCAAGUCGCGGGUGCGCCUAGGUCUGCAAGCCGUUCAGGCCCUCCGAUACCAGCGGACGCGUCUCAUCCAGGAGAGUGGGAAUGCCAUCUACGCGCAGAUGCGCGAUCCCGACUGGGAGGCGAUCGAGAAGAAUCCGGCGAUGAUAAAGUUUCCCCGACCUGAGUGGAUUUUUGGAUAUGAUGUUCACCGGGAUGUUUAUGAGGAGUUUCCGGUGAUCCAACGAGCAAUUCAGGAUGGCAGCAAGUACAGACCGCGCAAUGUUCCGGAAGACAGCGAAUAUCAUAUUGCGCAUGACUACAAGGCGAAUGCCUAA